UGCUAUGGUUUGAACGCGCGCAGGCGUGUUUGAAGGAUUUGCACGCAGGCGCGGGUAGUCUUAUAAUUCAAUCGAUACUGCAGUGUCGAAGCAGCCUGUUGGCCUCGCGCUAUCCGCUCGCAAUUUUCGGGCGUUCGAGAGAUUCUUUCGGUGAAUUUGUGAAGAAAUAAUUCACGGUGUCGGUGUCAAGUAGCGUACUACCGGGCGCCAUCACGAUGAAGAUAUUGGCACCACACGAUGGUCCUGAUAUCGCUCCCGUUGAAACAUCGGGCGGAUUGGAGACUGACACCAUAUGGGUGAUGACCGUUGUCUUGGGCACUAUCUUACUGGCCUUAUGUGUGGGCAUUGCUUGCUGGAUCGUGCGCUUCAAGAGCUCCCUCUCUCAUAAGCUGGGAAGCAAGCGUUGCCCGGACAAAGCGCUGGUGUUCCAGCCCCCUCGACGCGCCACCGCCGUCCGCUCCCCGGGUUCUGCCACCCAUUACCUGCGCAAGUCUCCAUCGCCGACCGCUCCUGCGCCACCAGCCGCUACGUCUCCCCCACAGCCACAACCGCCAACCCAGAAUUCCGUCAAAUCCGAGAAGGCGUCCUCUGCAAGCAACAGCCCAAACACCCCGACUGCCCCCACCGAGCCAACUCCGCUGAGCAAGGAGCUUGCCGACGUCCACGCCACUGAAAAGACCAAACCAACCGAACCGGAAACCAAUGAUGGAAGACUCGGCGAUCUACACUUCAAGCUGCGAUACGAGAAUGAGAAGAACGCUCUGGUGGUGUCGGUGGUGUCGUGCCAGAACCUCCCGGGCCGCGAGCCAGCCGGACCUGACCCCUACGUCAAGCUUCAGCUACUCCCCGACAAACAGCACAAGGUUAAAACUAGGGUUGUCCGUAAGACCCGUUGCCCAGUUUACGAUGAAGACUUCACCUUCUACGGUAUCGCUCCGCAUCAAAUCGCCGGCAUCACCCUGCACUUCGUGGUCCUCAGUUUUGAUCGAUACUCCCGGGACGAGAUAAUCGGCGAGGUCGUGUCUCCGCUGUCCAACCUCCAGCUCCACAGCGGCGAGGCCAUGGCUCUGUGCCGCGAGAUCCAACCGCGCAGCCUCAAGAUGCGGUCGGCCGGUCGCGGCGAGGUGCUGGUGUCGCUGUGCUGGCAGCCGGCGGCGGCGCGCCUCACCGUGGUGCUGCUGAAGGCGCGCAACCUGCCGCGCAUGGACCUCACCGGCCUCGCCGACCCCUACGUGAAAAUGUAUCUGCUGUACAACGGGCAACGCAUCGCCAAGAAGAAGACCCACGUGAAGAAGCGCACCCUGAACCCGGUGUUCAACGAGUCGUUCGUGUUCGAGGUCCCGGCCGCGCCCAACGCCGCGCUCGACCACGUGUCGCUCGAGCUGCUCGUGCUGGACUGGGACCGCGUCACCAAGAACGAGGUGAUCGGUCGGCUGGAGCUGGGCGCGGCGGCGGCGGGCGGCGCGCGGCACCACUGGCGCGAGGUGCAGGCGGCGCCGCGACGACAGAUCGCCGACUGGCACAAGCUGAAGGAGUAGACGCGCCUCUACACCUCCACACCUCCAACUGUCCAGGGCUCUUUAGUUACGACCACUCUAUUUAUGCGCGAAUACAUUCCUAUUUUUCCCUCAAAAAGUCCACUGAAAAAAUAUGAGUAAAUGACCACCAUUUUACUGAGAUUAUAUUUCAUCCCAUAUCAUCUCAUUUAA